UCAGACUUCCCAAUGCCUCAUUUAGCUUUGUGAACAGCACAAGAACAGAGCUGUAACUAACUUAUGUUUAUUGCGUUCUCAAAGGUGAAGAACCUGCGCUCCAUGGUGUCCCGCACUGCCAUGGUGACCAUGGCCAACCUGUACGCUCAUCUGGGGCGGGCUAUGGAUGCGGAGGCAGAGGGAACUGCCCGGGCACUGCUGCAGAAGGCAGGAGAGGCCAGCGGCUUCAUCAGGGAUGAUGUGGAGCUGGCGCUGGGGUACAUGGUGGUUCACGUAACACCCUCACGCAGCAUGAACGCCCUCAUCAACACAGGAGUCAGGUGAGAAGUAGAGAUAGAUAUUUGUUUCAUCUGUCACCCCUUUUUGUUACUUUUUUACCUGAAUCGCUGUCCUUCUCUCCAGCUUCCCUCCUUGUUUACCGGUUCUCUGUCCUUGUUUACUGGUUCUCAAGAGGUUCUUUGUCUUACCUGUCUCUCUGGAUGUCUGUCUCACCUGUUUCCCUGUCUCACCUUGUUCACCUUGUUCUGUGGUUAUCUGUCUUAUCCAUUCUCUGUCUCCAUGUUUCUGUUGUUUUAUCUGAUUGGUUCUCUGCUUUUCAGGCACCGUAACACAGCCGUGAGGAAGAGUGCUGCUCAGCACCUGGAGAGACUGGUGAAGGUCAUGGGAUCGUCCCGCCUCCUGUCUGGGAAAAAGGACCUGACUGAACGCUUCAUCCAUGCCAUCUGCUGCCUGGCCGUUGACUGUGCACUGGAAGUCAGGACCCAUGCCCGUAACACUCUGGCCUUUCUGGCCUCCCACCCCAACCUCAUCAAGAUGGUGGAGAGGUUCGUCCCACAGAGAGACCACAUCACCAUCAAGGACAUUAUCAACAAAUGCCAGUGCAGAAAUGUGUGA